AUGUCUCUGCUGCAUAUUGCGGGGAUGGUGGCUCAACCUUACUCAAGACUCAGCGUCACCAAACUAACGACGGAAAUCCCUUUGUCAAGCCUAUCUUCUGAAGAUGAUGCGCAUAUUAUUUCCGCGUGGCAAGGCCAGGACUUAGGCUUAAACAUAACUUGUGGACGUAAAAAGCGUGGCUUUUUCGCGGCAAUAGAAGGAUGGUGGCUCGAAGUUGGGAGCGUCGCUCUCGCCUUCGCUGUCAUGCUCGUUAUCAUAAUCCUGCUGGUACAUUACAACGGAGAACCUAUAGAAAACACACCUCGAAGACCAAGUCUAAAUACGCUCAUCAACAUAUUCUCGGCUAUCGAGGCCGGUAUGAUUGCGUAUGUAGCUGCAGAAGUCCUCAGCCAAUCAAAAUGGCUAAAUAUGCAGUCUAAGUCGAGCUUAGAUGAUUUAAAUACCAUUGACAAUGCUAGCCGUGGUCUUCGCGGGGCUUUGCAGGUGGUGUUUAAACCACGACUUGGUCCAAUGCCAUUCGUUGGCGCAAUCACAACAUUGUUGGCUGUAAUCAUUGGCCCUAUGUUACAAGAGACGAUUGUCUUGCGCACUGCGUGGCGACCUAGUCCGAUUCGCAAUGCAACAGUCCCUGUCUCGAAGUAUUUUGCUCCAGACACGAACCCCGAGCUUCCUAAGCUAGAUGUAGGCAUGAAGGGCGUAAUUCUAAAUGGUCUUUCCUCUGCAAACUCAAGCGUUCUGACCCCACAGUUUGGUUGUCCCUCCGGCAAUUGCACCUAUAGCACACCCUAUUCUAGCCUUGCUAUCUGUCAUUCUUGUCAAAGAGUAGAGCUUACCAGACAAUGCACCCAGUUUGACAAUUGCAAUUACACUUUAUCCAAUGGGCAUACCUUGAUAAACCCUCCUAUCCGUGGGAACUAUUCAGGAGACUUCGCCUUCAUCAACGUUAGCACAUCUUUCAACCUUACUCGGCAAAUGGCGAUUCCUUACAAUGAAAUUACUGAUCAAUACGAUAUCUUAAGAGCAUCCAUUAUCAGCCUCACGAAUGGGCCGCUUUGCCAUUCAAAUGGCACUAACCCAGACUGUGUCUUGGACAAUCGUGACAACGCUACUCAGGCAAAGCUGUUCGAUGGUGGCGCAAUUGGUGCUUACUGCGACCUUUUCUUGUGUGUCAACACUUAUACAGCUUCUGUUUCCGAAUCAUCCGUUUCUGAACAAAUCAUUGGAUCUUCGAAUGCACGAAAUACCAGUCGUCCACAGUACUCUUUUGCCGCUAUUGACAGAACUGGAGCCGAUCACCCAAGCGAAGUCAUCCUACCGGACGAAUGCUACAUUGGUGGAAUACGCUAUUCUGUGGCAGAAUAUAAAGAUUCAAGCAAUCAGUCGUGGACGUACGUUGAACUGAAUCAAACCGUACAGGCCAAGAAAAGCUUUUCUACGACAAAAGUCCCCAUCGAAUGUAUAUUUGGCAUGAGAGGCGUCACUUAUCAAUCAAUGUUUCAGUUCAUGACGUCGAAUCCUUUUUUCCUUGAUGGAAAUGGCGUAUCAGAUUCGAACACAGGAGUUGCGGGAGGCCUCUUUAGCUUUUACUCAAAUGCGAUCACUCAGAGCCUUCCCAACACGGCUGCGUUUGGUGUCGAGCCCUUAUUCAACAAUGGAAAUGCCUCAUUUGAAUCAAUUGACGCAACUUUUGAGCGUUUGGCCUCGGCAAUGACAACAUACAUGAGAGAUAACAGUGAACACUCCGGAAGCGUCGACUUCACAGGCCUUGAAAAGCAAUUGGCCUCGAUGAGUUCAUCAGCUCUCGGCAUUCUGUUUCACUCAGAGACGGUUAUAUCAGUACAAUGGUACUGGAUCAUCCUUCCAUUAUUUGUUCUUGUCAUCAUUUGCAUCUACCUUGCGGCUGCCGUCCUCCAUGGUGGAGUGAUGGACCAUGACGGAAAUACGCAAGCACACCUUUGGAAAUCAAACAUUUUGGUACCGCUCGCCAUCGGCUACCGAUCUGAGUUGCCGCAAUCGUCAGAGGCUUUGUACAGCCGUGAUGCAAUGCAGACAUUCAAAAAGGGGCAGGUGCAAUUGGCAAGCUCUAAGGAUGGCUGGCUGCUUGUGCAGUCGAAAGGAAAUGAUCUUGGCUGAUUCUUAGAGACAUUGAAUGUGCGAAUGAGUGAAUCUCCUGAAAAUGCUUUUUUACAUUUUUCUCUCAUUGAAGGGAUUUAAAUACAGUCCCAGGACUACAGCAGGCCCAAAAGAUAUGCCUUCAAGGUUCGACUCAAACAAAGACGAGUGGAUACCGAAAGCAAACAUCAGAGGCAAAGAGCCCAACGACGCUACGCACAGGACAACCCCCGUAUUCCAUGUGACGACCGGACUCUAGAAAUAGCACACAUUCAGUCGACGUGUUGCAAGCCAAAUUUGUGCAGUGGUGGCUGCAGUUUAUACAGAAUUUGACGGAAUGAUUUAUGAAAUUGAUAAAAGUCGGUAGAUUACAUGAAAAUUGAAGUAUGUUUAUGUGGGAGCGAGUUCCAU